AAUAAGUGCAAUUGCAUGCGAUCUUUCUUUUAUUAAGUUUCUCUACAUUACUAUACCUACUAGCUAAAAACAAAGUAUCUUGAAGCUUUUUAUAAAACAGGGUGAAGAAAGAAUAGGAAAAAUCAAUGCCUAAUUAACAAAAAUGACUGGUGAAUUAAAAGUCGACCAUGCGUAUACUUUGCAAGAAAAUAGUCUAUCUAUAUUCUUUUAAACACACACUUAUACAUACUCAUUGAUUCAUGCAUUCACUUAUCCAUACACCUAUCCAUACUCAUCUAUAAAUUACACUCAUCCAAGCAUAUACUUGUCCACACUCAUCCAUACAUUACACUCAUCCAAGCAUACAUUUAUACUUACUCAACCAAGCAUACAUUUAUUCAUACUCAUUCAUACAUUACACUCAUCCAAACGUGCACUUAUCCAUACUUAUCGAAACUAAACUAAGGGUAAAAAAUUUAUUUAUUUUUAUUCCCAAAAGAAAAUAAAGUAUGAUAAUGUCCCUGGACUAGAAGAUCAUGUACAUCUACUACAAUGAGACUGUUCUCGGAGCCUCCAGUGAUGGUCGCUGGACUAUCAUUGAGGUCUCUUCUAGAUUACAUAAAUAAUGAUAAUAUUAGCGGACUUCAGGGCUUUCUACAGAAUAAACAUGUGCAGAUCGAUGAAUCUGAUGAGGAUGGAUGGACUGCUCUUAUACAUGCAGUUGUUCUCGGCAAACUAGACGCUGUCUCCGUCUUAAUUC